AUGGAGAAAUGGAUCCCCCCAAAAAGACUCACAGGAUCUUCUGCUGCUCAACUGAAUAUUCUCUCUUCUUAUCCUGUUAAUAUUUCUAAUAAUAUUCAUAAUAUAACGCAUAAUGUUCCAUUAAUUAACACAACAAGACAUAAUUUUAUACCAAACAUAAAUUAUAAAGCAUUAUUAGAUAAUGAAAUAGUAGCAGAAAUCUCUCACCUCAUAAAUAACUUAGAAGAAAUAAAAUGAAUUUUAUUAUUCGGGUUAUAUCGGGU